AUGUCGUCGGUCGACUCGCUGAAGCUCAACGGGAAGUCCCUGCACUUAGCUGCGUGGAAGAGCAGGUUGAUCAUCCACCUCAGGGCGCUGAGUGAGCAACGCGCGCUCGAGGAGCUGCAGCACAAGCGUGCAAAGCCGCUGACGCGCUUCGAGGAUCUGGUCGUAAGCCAGCCGGAGCUGCCGCCACGCUCGCCCGCGGCGGACAAAGAGGUGACAUGGCAGCACGAUUUGCACGAGACGCUGCUGAAUCAGCAGUCGUCGUACAUCAAGCGGCUGCUGUGUGAAACGCUGCCGGGCGGUUUCAAGGGAAUCGCGACCAAGCAAAUGGACGAGCCGGUGGUGAACGCCGACUUCAAGAGCGUUGGCCAGCUCUUACAAGACCUCAACACCGUGCGCAGCCAGGUCAAAGUGAACGCGCACGAGGCUCUGCAUACGCACAUGAUCACGUCGAAGAUGAUGCUGGUCAUGGUGCUCGGUGUGCUUCCGAGGCACAUGUGGGGCUCCUCCGUCAAGUUCACGGAGGAGAGCUUCACACUGGAGAAGGUGAGCGAGAAGCUUGCCAACAUCUUUGACAACAAGACCAAGAGCGAAAUUAUGGCGCUGGCUAGCGGCAGGGUGGUCAACCACGUCAAGUCGACCCCAGCCAAGACGGCUCCAACAAAUCCGAAGGGAUCCGUUCUGGGCAAGCGAAAGGCCGCAGACGGUCCGAUCAUCGACGACCACUACAACGUCGGGUACAUGAGGUGCCACUACUGCGCAGGCGCGCAAAACGAUCGGGAUGGCAUUGGCCCACACAAGAUGCUUGACUGCCCCGCGCGUCGCGCAGACAGGGCUGCGGGUGUGUUUCGCCGCAACGUGUGGACGUACCCAAGCCGCAGGCUCGCAAGGAAGUGCACGAGCCUACACCCAAGAUGA